CCCUUGCACCAAGUCUCCUCCAAAUAGUAGCUAUACUAGUAUCAUGUUCUAAUGGGUUUAAAGUAUAUAAAGAAAUCCCGUAGGAAGAAAAGAUCAUCAAACCCAGCAAAAAAACCUGGAGUGUCAUCAAUGAAACCCAACGCCAGCAACAAUCAUGAAAAGAGUUGCAAGUAUCGUGGUGUGAGGAUGCGAAGUUGGGGCAAAUGGGUGUCUGAAAUACGUGAACCCAAGAAGAAUUCAAGGAUUUGGCUGGGCACAUUCCCCACGGCGGAAAUGGCAGCUCGAGCACACGAUGCAGCCUCCAUAGCUAUCAAAGGUGAAUCAGCUUACCUUAAUUUUCCCAAAUUAGCUCAUCAACUUCCUCGUCCUGCUACUUGUAGCCAUAGGGAUAUUCAAAAGGCUGCUAAUGAAGCAGCCCAUGGGAAUGGCAAUGGCAAUGGCAUGGUUGGUGAAGAAGAAGAAGAAAGGUUUGAAGGGGAAGCAGCAAGUUCGACUACAAUGUCAUCGGAGGAUAGUGAUCUGAGUAUGUGGUUUGACCUUCCUGAUCUCUCACUUGAACCAGAUGGAACCCAUCAUCGAUUUGGUUUCAAUUCAUGGUGGCAACAUGAACAAGCUGGAAUUCACACUGAUUUCCAGUUUGAGGAAACGAUAAUGGAAUGAAUACAGGUAAAAUUAUCAUAGAGGCCCUUGUACUAGGAUCAGAUUGCAUUUUGUCUCUUUUAUUCAGAAAAUAGACAAAUUAAUCCCUGUAUGUUAGACGAAAGAGCAAACUAAUCCUUUAUGUUAAAAAUUUCAUUUAUUUUUUACUAUUGAAAAC